AUGGCCAGAGGCCAAAUCUUGAUNUUGCCAUCCUUCGUUACGGCAGGAUAUCUGCGCUGCCCUGUUCGUCCAUACGUUCCAAACCCGCUGCGUUGCUUCAAAUGCCAGCGAUUUGGACAUUCUCAGACCUCCUGCCGAGGCAAAAGCUUAUGUGCACAGUGUGGUACUGAAGGUCAUGACAGUACCGAAUGCAAAAGUACACCACACUGUGUGAACUGUAAAGAUGCCCAUCCUGCCUAUUCCAGGAAAUGCCCUGCAUGGCAAAGAGAAAAGGAGAUUCAACGGGUGAAAACUGUAAAAAAUGUAUCAUACCCAGAAGCCCGUCGCAUGGUCACUCCAAGUGCACCAUUGCAGCAGAAGACAUUUGCUAGUGUGUUGAAAUCCACUAAGACAUGUGGGGUUCAAACAGAUAUUUCUGUAUCCUCAAGUGAAUCUCUUACUCGCCAUGCAAAAUGCUUAUUGAUUGCAUCUGCACAAUCAGAAGAAAAGGAGAACACAAAGACUAAAACAUCUGUAACUAAAACGGGAGUAACAACCAGAAAUGUGGGUUCUAAAAAAGCCAGUAAGAACCCACUUAACAAAGAGUGA